AUGUACGACGCUUCGAGGCUGUUUUACUUCGCCUCCUUCGCCAGCAUGAGUCUUGCACUGCUACUUGCUGUGCAGGAAAUCUCCAUCAGACGUCAAUCUCGUAGAGAUAGGCAAAGCUCAAGGCAUUCCAGCCGGACGCCGCUUCUGGGGAGGAGACCACUAAUCGAUGAAGAGCAGGGCGCGGAAGCACACAGCUACGACCAGCGUGCGACAGCUGACAGUAUCCUUAGCUUGUACGGCACUUUCAGCGACUACUCCCUUCCGAGUUUCCCCAUGCACUCCGACUUGACCGCCGAGAUACUACCCGAGGAGUCCUGCACCUCCACAUCGAGGCCACUCCUUCCAUGGGGUCGGGACAAUUUCGAUGCUCUACCGUCGAUGCCAGAGAGCUUUGCUGCAACUUAUCAGUUGAUCAAGACAUUUUCACGUAUCUCCAUGGCCCCUGUCCAUCUCGUGAAACAUCGAGUUUCUGGCGAGCAGUUAAUCAUCAAGCAGCUUCAGAGUCGUCCCGGCGUAGGAGAUCAAUGUUUGCCCAUGGAAGCUUUCAUCCUGACCAAAGUCCUGGGAAGCCACAAGAACGUGUUGGGCGUGAAAGAUGUCCACACUGCUCAGGAUGGUGUCCACGUGCCAUACUCGAACAUGGUAAUGCCGUUCUGUCGAUCGGGCGACCUUCACGGCCUAAUCAGCAAAUUCAUGAAGCGAGGAGAACCAGUUCCUCCACAGUUCGUGCUCCACUUUGUCAGCGGCAUGAUCGACGCCUUGGCCUUCCUGCACCACGGCCAUGCCUCUUACGACCCAACGACAAGACGCCCGGUCGUCGUGGAUCAACCAGUCAUUCUGCACUGUGACAUCAAGCCCGACAACAUCUUCUUGGACCUCACGAAAGACUCCGCUUACGGCCUUCCAAACAUCCUGCUCGCAGACUUUGGCCUUUCAGCCCGCGAAGGCGUCAAAGGUAUCCGAGGGACGCCAGUCUACUUUCCCCCUGAACUCCUCGAAGCUAACACCCGCGCCUCUGAGGAAUUGGGGUACUGGAAAAAAGCUUGCAACACAUCCUUCUGCUCCAAGCAAAGCGACAUGUAUUCCUUCGCCGCGACUCUUUACACGCUAAUCACUUUCGAGCGAUAUGUUCCUGGUGACGACAUUGAGACUGCUUUCUACACAUCCAAUGUAAGGGAUUAUGUCGACAUUCUCUUCAUCCUUGAAUCUGGACUUUCCGAGUGGGCUGAGGAUCGAGAGCUGGCGAAAUCGUGGCAUCAUGUGUCUUUUACUUACAAGCAGRCCCUGAAGCUGUGGCACGACGCGGGCGGACGUUUGUAA